AAUAUUUUCAUAUUGACAUUACAGUGUUUUUAAUAAAAAUUAUUCUAAGCGCUUGUAAUAAUUUAUUUGUUAAAAUUCUUACGGAACAGGUAGUGCAAAAGUAAAAAUUCUUUCUUUUAUUUUUAAUUUUAAAUGUUAAUAGUUGAAAUAAUUUUAAUUUUUAAUAGAACAGUGUAAAAAAUGUUAUUUUCCUGAAGUCUUUUUUGGACCUCUGGAUUCACUCCUACCUCGCAGGUCGCGAAGCACAUGGUGGUGAGGUGCUCUCGAAACCACCAAAAAAGAAAAUGAUUUAUUUAAUUAAAAGUAGUGCAGAUAUCUUGAAUUAUAAUAUUCGCAGAAUUCCAUACAAAUAGUUAAUAAAAACAAAAGGAAAAACAAAGUUGAGGUCAAGAUUCUUCUGCAAUCAGUUAAUUAUAACCAUAUCAAUUACGUUCAUUUCUGAGAAAUCAUGUAACUUCACGUGACCUUGUUGUGGCAGCAACAGUGAGUUUGAAUUCCCUACAGUGUUACAGCCAAUCAAUUACAAAUAUUAUAAUCUUAAUGUACGUCAAAAUUGAUUUCUUUCAUAGAAAGAGAUUAUUUUAUCUUUGUUGAUGUAAUUUCACAAAUAUAGAAGUUUACGUUGGGAAUGAUGACCAAUUUCCAUAAAGUAAUGUUAGUCCUCUUUUCAUAAUGAUAAUGACGUUGAAGUGUUAUCUAUUUACGUCAAAUUUCUGAUAAGUCACGAAUGAUUUCUUAAGAGUGGAAAGAGAUCAAAUACUUUUCGUUCAAAAUAAUGAUUCAUUAUCAAUAAUUAGUAAAUGAUUCAUUUCUGUAUUUCGUUUAACAAUUACGUUCGUGUAAAUUUUUACGAGUUAUGUUUCAAAUAAAAAAUGUAGUAUAAAUAUAUUUUUUACAUCCUCACAGAUGCUCAGCCUUCCCAUUCUAUUUCAACCAAUAUGUAAGUACUGUUAUCUUAUUCUACACUAUACCGGUAACACAGAGAAUAACAUUACCACAGUAGAAUGUUUUUUGCAAAAUUUUAAGUGUUAAUUUUCGAGUCACUAGAAAUCCUUCUCGCAAACAUUGACAUUAUAUAAGAUAAAACCACGUGCAAAAUUUAUGCCAAAUCAAAUUUAACAGGUUUUCAUAAAUACAGUCAUUUAUAUUUCUAGAACACGUAUGAUGGAAAAGACCGUAUCAUAAAAGACCAUCUUUUGCACGCGACUCUCUUUUGUCCCAUCCGUGGCAAACGAUAGUAUUCAAUCAAACGCCACAUUGUACAAUCUGUCAAUGAAAUAAUAAUUUUUAUCAAUGAAACAACAAAAUCGAAAGAUAAGGAUAGAUAAUAUUUACACGAUAAUCAUAUUCCAAAUUAAUCUUAAUCUUUAUAACACUCCUCUUAAGGCUGGAUCAGACACGGCUAGUAAUUUAGUCGAGUGGGGAGUAGUUAGUACUUACUACUAAACCGUUUAGCCCAUAGAAAAGUGUCCGGACUAGUACAGUUGAGCUUUGGAAAUCGAGAGUAGAAGAUAUAUCGCUUGACUAAAGAAAUGGGUCCAGACAGGUCUUUUUGGAAGCCUAGUUAGUGGUGGGGGAAGCCAACUCGACCAAAAAAAUUCAAUGAAACGGAUCUACUCGACUAAAUCGUUUUACUAAACUAGUCGCCUAAACUGUAGUGUCCAUACACUAAACUACUCCCCACUCGACUAAAUUACUAGCCGUGUCUGAACCAGCAUUUACGCGUGGAUGCGCAGUAUAUUUUACCAACACACUUUCGAUAAGGCAGCGCUGUGACACACGAGAAUCGCACAGUUGCAACUCAGACCACGCCUCAGGAAGUUGUCUAUCCGGUUUACAAACAUUCGUAGAGAACAUCAUAAAUUGCAAGUGUAUUUUAUCUGCGAUUACAAACUGAAACUCGAUCUUCAGAUAACGCAUUACAUUUUGAGAGAAAAAAUUAAGUAAAUAUCCAAGAAUCAACCAUGAUUUGGACAAUAAUAGUAGCAUCAGUGGUGGUUCUAGCAAUAUACCACUUCACCUCGAAGAGGUAUGCCUAUUUUGAAGAAAGAGGGAUACCAUACUUAAAAGCAUUUCCGUUUCUUGGUAGCCUAUGGAAAGUGGUGCUGAUGCGAGCCUCGUUCGCAGCCACCGUUCAACAAAUGUACAAUCUGUACUCGGAAGCUAAAUACGUAGGCUGCUUCGACUUUCUAACUCCAGUGAUAUUGCUACGCGAUCCAGAAUUAAUCAAAUCCGUAAUGAUCAAGAAUUUCGAUCACUUCCCAGAGCACAGGAACCUCAGCGACAAUGCGGACGAUACUCUGUUCAGCAAAAACCUGUUUUCCCUAAAUGGAGAAAGAUGGAAGGAAGUUAGGUCGAUGUUGAGUCCAGCCUUCACCACCAGCAAGAUGAGGUCGAUGUUCGUCCUGAUGAAAGAGUGUGCUAAGAGAUACGGCGAAAAUCUAGUUUCCUUGCAAGCUGAUCAGACGAUCCUGGAGCUAAAGGACACCUUCACCAGGUACACCAAUGACGUUAUAGCUACCUGUGCCUUUGGCGUGAGCGUGGACUCGAUGACAUAUCGUGAGAAUAAAUUCUAUUUAUAUGGUCGUGAGGCUUCCACGUUUGGAUUGAAACAGUCUCUCAAGUUCUUCUUUAUCAGAAGCUUCCCGAGACUCUGUAGGAUGUUGAAAAUAACGCUACUGAGGAAGGGGGUCUCCGACUUCUUUAAGGACCUGAUAGAGUCCACGAUUAAGACUAGGGACGAGCAGGGUAUCGUUCGUCCGGAUAUGCUCCAGCUGAUGAUGGAGUUCAGAGAUAAAGGAGAUCCUUCCAAGGAAUUGACCCUUGACGACAUGAUUGCCCAGGCGUUUGUUUUCUUCCUAGCAGGCUUCGAGAGCACUGCCACCCUGAUGUGCUUCACUACUCAUGAAGUUGGAGUGAACGAGGAGGUCCAGAAAAGGUUGCAGGAUGAGAUUGAUCAGGUUUUGACUGAUUGCAAUGGGAACGUCACUUACGAGGCUAUCAAUGGGAUGAAGUACCUGGAUGCUAUUGUUAACGAAGGUCUCAGGAAGUACCCAGUUAGUGUUGCUGGUGAUAGAGUCUGCAGGAAACCUUUUGAACUACCUCCAACGCUACCAAACAAGAAACCGUAUGUUGUGAAGGAGGGGGAAAUAGUUUCGAUACCUUUUUAUGGGAUACAACACGACCCUAAGUACUAUCCAGAACCGGAGAAGUUUGAUCCUGAUAGAUUCUAUGAUGAUCCAAAGCAGAUUUUGAACUCUGGCACGUUUCUGACCUUUGGACUAGGCCCUAGAAUGUGUAUCGGUAAUAGAUUCGCUAUUUUAGAGACAAAGACUUUGCUGUUUUAUGUGUUUGCGAACUGUACCUUGAAACGUUGUUCGAAGACCAUCGUACCGAUGAAAUUGAGCAAACAGGGAUUAGCCAUGACUCCCGAAGGAGGAGGAUAUUGGUUCGAAAUUCAACCGAGAGCCAAAGGACAAUCGCUGAUAGCCAAUGGUGACAAUGAUCGUAAAUAAGUGCAUUGAAGAACCUUUUUUCUUAACGAUUUUUGAUGCAUUUUUUGAUACUACAUGCAGGAUUUAGUUACGCUGGACACUUGGAUUUAUUUUUAUAAAGAGUAUAUAUGCAUCAUCUAGAUCAAUAAAUUAAUGUAUUCAAGAGAAUAGAAAACAAUCAAAUGAUUUAAAUUCCUCUUAAUUUCACAUGUGUUAAACAGAAUUCCCAACAUCAGUUUUAAGAUAUGAUUAAUUUAGCAUGGAAUAAUUCUACUUUCACCGUUAUUAGUAAAAUUGUCACAAGAGAAUGGAGAGAAAGAUAAGAUACAUAUCUUCGGCGGUGGGUUCCUGGCACAGUAAUGCACCUGUGUUACGUGUCCAUCUCAAUUAUCAUCCGUUGAAUGUAUCAUCCUUCUCUGCAUGAGCAGCACGUAGCACGGACUCGUACUAUGUACAACAGCCGUAUAAUAUAUUCCACUACGUGAUGGUUCACUGCCAACGAUGCGAUACGACCUUCUGAAUAUUGCUUUAAUGAGCGACUCCCACUGAUUCGAAUCCGCUACGCCUAUAAAGUUUUGUCUCAUCCGUACGCGGUUGCUUUUGCCUAAACAGUUACGUCAUGCAAACAUCAUCUGGGAUACAUUAACCCUUUCGUUAUGGCGCCUCUUCCAUACGUUUUUAUAUUUAAUAGGUUAAGAUAUAAAAUAAUUUUCUUUGUAAUCAAAAAUUUUGGGAUACGUGUUUCUGUUUCCAAUUUUCAUCUAAAAAUUUCUAUUCCAUGUUUGCUAUUUUGAAAUAUAAAUUAUUUAUUUCAGAAGUCUACAGUGAUCGUAUAAUGGUGAAUGACCAUAAUUAUUCCGAGUAAGAAAAGGGUCACACCGGUUUUUUUUUUCUGUUUGUUCCAGCACGAUCCAGGACAAUCCGAUAAUGCAUCAUGACUUUGAUCUCAACACUAUAGUACUUUAAUUUGUUUGUAUCUACCGUAACAUGUGAGUAAUUGCUAUUUAAUGAUGGGUACACUGCAGAUCUGUUAACGCUUUAAUAACCGGCGAUAAGUAUGGGUCUGUUUGAUGCAAUCGACAGAGAUUUCCUGGGCAAUGAUUACCAUAUCUACAGGGUGUUAAAAAAUUACCUGAAGAGCUCCACAUCGAUGGAUAGAUCACGAAAAAUCGAAGCGAAAGGUUCUGUAGUAUUUUUCGAUGGUAUCAGUAGUUUAGCCACGUUUCGUUGUUUGAAAAUUGAAAAAUUGACCAAUCAGCGCACAGCAUAAAUAACAAGACGCAUGGAGUAGGAGAAUGCACGGAAGCGGAAAUAAUUGUAGAAGUCUAUGUUCUUUACAGCGUUGAUUACAACGAUACUGCAGUUAUACCUGUGAUACCUUCUUCGACUAUUAAAAGAACAACUGAGGGCACCUAACACAGUUCCGUUGUUUAAGACAUGAUAUAAGCCUGUGGUUUAGGGUUCUCACAUACUUAAAACGAAGACCACCGUGAACACACGGACGUUAAAAGUUAAGAACAAGAAACUUAAUUAAAAAGUUUAAAUUAUUAAUGUAUUAUUUAAACAAAUGACUGUUGACUAACAUAUACUUUAGGGAAAGAAAGUUGAGCGCCUCCAACGUUCAAUUUGGUUCAUCUCUUUUUAACCAUGUUGUACCAAUCCGACACUCCUGAAACUUUUACAGAUAAUAGUUAAAUAGUAAAGGACCGGUGGCUGUCACUCAAGGAAUUGUUUAUAAAAAUCACGUUCAAAAAUUUAUUUAUUAACUUUCAACCCUUAAUCAUCGGAUAAAACUUUUGAAGAAAAAAAAUGAAAUACAGCUAAUGAGUACCUGCUAUUUGCACUUUACUGUAUUCAAAUAUGUGAAAUAGUUUCCGAGAAAAAAAAUAGUAAAAUUGUGGGUUGUUACCCUCAUAUCUCUCUUAUCAGGGGGGGUAGGCAGUUGAAAUUGUACACAAUUGUUGUGUAGGCAAAAAGCAUUAUGUGGUAUAAAUAUUAACCAAAAUUGUUGCUAGGGCCGAUUCACUAUCUUCUAAUAAUUUUUCAAAUAUUUCUUCGAAUAAUAUAGGAAUUAAGCACC